CGACGACGAACGACGACGAAAAUCACGCCCAACUAACCCACCCCGACACAUCAACCAGGAACCCCAGCACCCUCAAGAUGCCUUUCACCAAGCUCGUCAAGUCCAGCGCCUACUUCUCGCGUUACCAGACCAAGUACCGCAGAAGAAGAGAGGGAAAGACCGACUACUAUGCUCGCAAGAGGUUGAUCACCCAGGCGAAGAACAAGUACAACGCCCCCAAGUACCGUCUCGUCGUCCGCUUCACCAACCGCGAUGUUAUCUGCCAGAUCGUCUCUUCCGAGAUUGUCGGUGACAAGGUCUUCGCUGUUGCCUACUCCCACGAGCUUCCCCGGUACGGCAUCAAGCACGGUCUCACCAACUGGGCCGCGGCCUACGCUACCGGUCUCCUUCUGGCCCGUCGCACCCUCGCCAAGCUGAAGCUCGACGAGUCCUUCGUCGGUGUCGAGACUGUUGAUGGAGAAUACAAGCUCACCGAGGCCGCUGAGGUCGAGGGUGAGACUUGCCGUCCCUUCAAGGCCAACCUAGAUGUCGGUCUUCACCGUACCUCCACUGGUGCCCGUGUCUUCGGUGCCAUGAAGGGUGCGUCGGACGGAGGUCUUCUUAUCCCCCACUCCGAGAGCCGUUUCCCCGGUUACGACAUGGAGACCAAGGAGCUUGACGCCGAGACCCUGCGCAAGUACAUCUUCGGUGGACACGUUGCUGAGUACAUGGAGACCCUUGCCGACGACGAUGAGGAGCGCUACAAGUCGCAGUUCCAGAAGUACAUCGACGACGGUAUUGAGGCCGACGGUCUUGAGGAGGUCUAUGAGGAGGCCCACGCCAAGAUUCGCGAGAACCCUAACCUCGCCGCUGAGGGUGAGAAGAAGGAUGCCGCCUACUGGAAGUCGGAGAGCCAGAAGUACCGGUCGAAGAAGCUCACGCGCGAGCAGAGACGCGAGCGCGUCCAGAAGAAGAUCCAGGAACUCACCGCUUAGGUGUCUCCUUCCAUCUUUUGUUCGCACGCUGUAUCUUGCAAUGCCAAAUAAAAAGCAUGGGUUUCUGGGUUCAAAUUUCGGUGUUCUGGGGUUUGGAGGGGAUAUCUUUGGGUUGAUCGCAAAUGGUAAUACAGUCUUAUUGUGACUGCACCUGAAAGGAAAUGCCUCAUCCAUUCAUCCCAUCAUAAAAGUGUGGAAACAUCCUCGG